AUGGCCCCGACGGCCGCCUUUGAGGGGUGGCGCGCUUGCGCUCGUCGUGCUGCGAGUGUAACGCUGCAUACAGAUCUGGGGGACAUUAAGGUUGAGGUCUUUUGUGAUCAGGUCGAGCGGGCUGCGGAAAACUUUUUGGCUCUCUGUGCCAGCGGCUACUACGAUGGCUGCAAAAUUCAUCGCAACAUCAAGGGCUUUAUGAUGCAGACCGGAGAUCCCACAGGCACGGGCAAGGGUGGUGACUCUAUCUGGGGCGGAGAGUUUGAGGACGAGUUUCCUCCGGGUCUUCGUCACAACGCACGUGGCAUCCUAUCAAUGGCCAACAAGGGCCCCAACACCAACCGCUCACAGUUUUUCAUCACUUACGGCAAGGCCCCCCAUCUUGACCGCAAGUACACCAUCUUCGGCCGCACCAUCGACGGCUUUGAUACCUUGGACGCCAUCGAAAAGACCCCUGUGGUGGAUCAACGCAAGCAUCGGCCCAAAAUGGACAUUAAGAUUCGUUCCAUUACAAUACACGCCAACCCCAUCGCUGAUCAGCAAGCAUAG